CUGUGAGUGCGUGACUAGUGACCAAGGACAUACUUGUCCAGCUAAGACCCAAAAAAGAAAAAAGAAGUGCGCAGAGCCGAGGCGAUCCAGGUUUUUCUCUUUUUCUCCGCUCCAUCUUCAGUCUUAGCUGCUUCAACUUCCAACUUCCUCAAAUUUUCGCAGACAGAAAUUGUGUGUCUUGUUUCGAUCAUUCAGAUAUGAAACGCAUUUGGUAGUUUCUUAACCCCAAAUGAAUAUGAGAUAGUGGGAUUCCAAAUCUGAAACAGAUCUUUAAUUAGACCCAUUUUCGACCCGUUUUUCUGAAUAAUUCUUAUUUAUCAGUUUGUUCUUCUCCUAUUACUGCAUCAAAAUGUUUGUAUUUUAAUUUUCUUUCGUUUCUCCGAUAUUGCUGUGUUGUAGGCCUUAUUCAUAUUUCAAUUCUGUUGAUUUAUUGAUUUGGGUCCUAGAUUGUGGUUUCUGGGGGUGAAAGGAAUGAUGGGUCGGUCUUCGGGUUGGGCUCCAAGAAAUGCGGGUUUUAGGGCGGAGAGUUUAGGUCAGGAUGCACUGUCUAUGAUGAGGAACCUGGGUUUCACUGUAUUUGUAUUUGGGGUGUUGAUUUUCACUAUAAUUGCGGCUACUUAUCAACCUGAAGACCCACUGUUUCAUCCUUCUACUAAGAUGACUAACUUUCUCACAUCAAAAUCAAAUGCCACAUUCAAAUCUGAUGACACCGUGGUCAAGACCGGGGAAGACUUCAUCGGUCCCAACCAGACUGCAUUUUCCAGUUUUAUUAACCUUACUGAUGUUGAUAUCGCAAUGCCCGUUACCGAGACUGGAAAUGAUCUCGAGUGCCAAGGGAAAACUGAUGAACCGAUUAACUGUCGGGACCCAGACGUGUUCCAUUUAUUGAUGAAAGCCACUAUUGAGAAAUUCAAGGAUGUACACUUUUACAAGUUCGGGAAGCCUGUCCCUGGCUCGGACCGAAGCUCCUGCCACAUGGCAUGGAGGUUUAGGCCCAAGGAGGGAAAGACCGCUGCGUUUUAUAAAGACUACAGGAAUUUCGUGAUCUCCAGGUCAGAGAAUUGCACACUUAGUGUGGUCGGGAUUGGGGAAUACCAUUCUGGAGGGAAUGCCAGGAAGAGAAAAAGAAAUCACAAGGUGGGAGUGCCGGAUAAAACAGGGAAGUCGGAUGAAGGGUUUGAGAAGGCGCCGAGUGAGACGGUGGGCCAGGGAGCUGCCAUUGCUCUUCCCGUAGUGGGGGAAGCCGUGAACGACUCCCUCCCGAUUGUGGAAUCAGAGAGCUCAUUUGGCCGGGGAAAGUAUUUGGUUUAUUCCGGCAGCGGUGAUAGGUGCAAGAGCAUGAACCAUUAUCUGUGGAGCUUCAUGUGUGCACUGGGUGAAGCCCAGUUUUUGAAUCGGACCUUCGUAAUGGACCUAAGCAUAUGUUUAAACAAGAUGUAUACCUCGUCUGGACAAGAUGAGGAAGGUAAAGAUUUCAGAUUUUAUUUUGACUUCGAGCAUUUAAAGGAUUCAGCUUCCGUCCUUGACCAGACUCAGUUUUGGGAAGACUGGAACAAGUGGCACCAGAAAGACCGGCUGACUCUCCACCUAGUCGAGGACUUUAGGGUUACCCCGAUGAAGUUAUCCAGUGUAAAAGAUAGUUUAAUCGUGAGGAAAUUCGGAAACGUGGAACCAGAUAAUUACUGGUAUAGGGUGUGUGAGGGUGAGACGGAGUCGAUUGUUCAACGCCCAUGGCACUUGAUUUGGAAGUCAAGGAGGUUAAUGGACAUAGUUUCUGCAAUCGCGUCGAGGUUGAAUUGGGACUAUGAUUCUGUCCAUGUCGUGAGAGGCGAAAAGGCCCGAAACAAGGAAUUGUGGCCUAAUCUUGGACGGGACACCUUGCCGGAGGCCAUCAUGUCAUCAUUGAAGGACAAGAUUGAAGAAGGGAGGAACCUAUAUGUGGCGACCGAUGAGAGCGACGUGUCAUUUUUCAACCCUCUGAAGGACAAGUACUCGACCCAUUUUCUAGACGAGUACAAAGACCUUUGGGAUGAGAACAGUGAGUGGUGGUCGGAGACGGCGAAGCUUAACAGUGGGAAUCCCGUGGAGUUUGACGGGUACAUGAGAGUGUCUGUCGAUACGGAGGUUUUCAUGAGGGGUAAGAAACAGGUGGAGACGUUUAACGAUCUGACUAAGGAUUGCAAGGAUGGGAUUAACACGUGCUGAUUUCCAUGUUUAGGGAAAAUUUUGCUUUCUGUUUGGCAGUACAAAAGCGCAUCUGGAGCCGCUUUCUUCCUUCUCAAUCAGGGGAAGAAAAAUAAGAAGGAAAAGUUUAGAGUAUUUCCUUUUUCGCAUUGUGCUGUUUGUAGUUUGUACGACUUAUAAUUUCCCUUAGGUGAUUAGCACAUAAUUUGUCGACUUUUUUGUUUAUAUCUCAUCAUUAUCGUUUUGUUUGAGACAUAAACUUGGUCUUCCAUUUUUAUUUUGUUGACGGGUUGUAAGUUUGUAACACUUCUCACGAGUUUUUUAAUGUUUAAAAAGCAUUUCAUAAUAAUAAUGACAAAUUUGGGGAAGUUUUUUCUU